AUGAUUUAUAUUUUCUAAUUGAAUAGAUUCUUUUUUGUUUUAAAAUUGAAUGUACCCUCCAGCAAUUCUUGUUAAUCUUUUNAUAAAUUUGAUGUCCCUAAUCUACCAGAAGAAGAACUUGAGAAAUUUUAAGAAUUUGUUUAAUAGAUCUCCUUGUCUAUAAAUGGAAAAUUUCUCUCUGGGUAACAAAUAAUUGCUCAAAUAUUUGAAAAAAAAAAACCAAAAAUUUCUUAAUAUAUUGAUUCUAUAAAAAAAUAAAUAAAAUAAUAUCCAAAAGAUUGGAAACCUUAAAAUUAAAAUUUUCUUAAAGUUCAACUUCAACCUGGAUCUGCAGAAUAUCAAAAAAUAUCAGAUUUAUUUAGAAAAACUGAAAAUGGAACUAUUUAUGAGAUUUACAGAAUUUAAAAUAAAUCUUUAUGGGAUAAUUACAUAAUAGAAAAAAAUAAAUUAAUUGACAUACAUAAUUAGUAAAAUAUAAUUUUGCAACCUUUGGAAACUGAGAGGUAUUUAUGGCAUGGUGUAAGAUCUUAGCAUCCUUAAGUUGUCUAUUCAGGUUUGAAGGAAGCAUUUGAUUAAACUUUUAGCAAUGUAAAUAUUAAUUUUAGAAUAAUAUUAGAUUGGAAUGUGGGGAGCUGGUAUCUAUUUUGCCGAAAACGCUAGCUAUUCUAGAAAUUAUUCUUAUUAAUUAUAACUUAAAGAUGAUCCUAAAAAUAUUGGUAAGCUUGUAUUUUUAUGUUGUUUAAUAACAACUGGAAAAGUUGAAGUAAAGCCAGCAGAUAAUUCUAUUAAAAGACCAUCCCAAGGAUAUGAUUGUGUUUCAGGUUUCACUCAUGGUAGUAAUGUUUUUAUUCUUUAUUCAAUGGACAUAAGAAGAGCAUACCCAGCAUAUGAAAUCGUUUAUUAAUGA